AUGACGUUGCGAAACUUGGCACAAGGGGAUUGCUUGAGUGGUGGCAGUAGUAGUAGUAGUAGUAAUAGUAAUUCUAGUACUACUACGAAUGCCACCAGCGACUUGGACUGGGGAACUUCCUUUGCCUUUAGUGCCAUUUGCUGUGCGGCGGCCAUUAUCCUCUUUUUUUCGCCCAAGGGAUGCCACAGGGUGGUUCCUUCGUAUUUCUUGGCGACGGGCAUCUCGUAUGCAGUUUUAGGAUUACGGCAAAUCUUGGAUGCCAAACUGUCACCAGGAUUGCAGGAAGCAUUGGAAAUGACCUCAGAUAUAUUCUAUGGACUUGGGACCAUACUUUUGUUAGUGCUUAGCAUGAUGAUGGUCAGCAUCAAUCCGCAGUCCGAAUCCAAAGUCAAGAUGCUUACCUUUUGGGGUCUGGUUGGAAUCAUUGCGGGUUUCAUGUUGGUGAGCAUUUUUUUAGAAGCCGAAAUGGAGUCGGGAGUCCCACUGCAUGCGAGCCUGUCCUUUGGUUUGUUAAUCAUACUCAUGGCGGUAUACAUGUUUCACAUGUGCUAUGAUCGGACCAAGGUCUGGCAUUACAUUGCCAAAGCACUGGCGGUCCUCAUCAUUGCCAUUGAAGUCUUGUACUCUACAAUCAUCGCUUCGACCGAGUGUCAAAAGUGCAGUAGUUCCUGCCAGUACUCGAGUACGGGUACCAAUGCGGUCGUUCACGAUGUAGUCCUCUUUUUUGGAUUUAGCAUCUUUGCCUGGGGGGAAGAUACGAGUCCUUCCGUAACGGCUCGUGGGUUCAAUCAAUACGAUGUGGAAGGAGUCGUGGAGGAUGGGGGGACGGAAGCGCCGGAUACUUCGGUUUCGGAUUGGGCCAGUGAGGAUGGUGGAUUGGAAACGGAUAUUGAAGGAAGCACAUACGGUGACGAUCAGCAACAAUUAGAAAGGGAAGAGGGAAAGGAGGAAGAAAACGAAGUAGAAGGGGAAGACGAAGUAGAAGAGGGUUUACAAGGGGAAGUCGAAGUCUCUGUUUCCAAGGAGAACAAUAAUGUUUCAAGGAAAAAAGGCAGUAGUACUGAGAAUAACGAGGAGCAAGGGGACCGAAACACGAGUAACGUUCAGUUGAAUGAUGAAGAAGAAAUACAUGACGUUUGA